GCUCCUAACUACUGUAUCCCGUCAGUCAAAGUCAAUGUCUGAAUUUGUUUUUUUUUAUCAUAAAUUCUUGAUUAGCUCUAUUUGCAUCAGAAAAAAACAUUCAUUCAAAUUAUUUAUAACUCGUCAGCACGUUAACAAAAAAUACCAUUAGAGUAAAUAUGUAAAAUUUUUGCUUAAAAAUGCCCAAUUUAUUUAAUUUCCCUCUUGUUGAAUGUUGAAGCAGGUUUAUACCUUAAAUUGAAGUGGGUGUGCUGCAAUUUGCUGUGUUUUAUGGCUCUGAUAUGUUAUUUAUACCAUCAAUUACAUAUACGCAAACAAAAAAGUGAGAUAAUGUAUGCCUAUGACUCUAUACUCUGAUUAACUUCAAUUUAACCCAUAAUGAAUUCAAAGUUAAUAUUGCCAAGAAUUUAGGAUGGGAAAUAAAACAAGUUGUUGUUCUUAUACAAGUCCUCAAGCUAGUCACAGGGUAAUAAUUCCAAUAGAUCACACUCUAGCAGAGGGAGAACUAAGUGUUUCAAAUUUACAACAUAUAAGUGAGCGUGAAGGUGAUGAUGGAGAUGCUGAUCCUUCUCAAGAUCCCACAGCAAAAACUAUUUUCAUGGAACGUUCAAAAACUGCAAUAGAAAAUGGAAUGAUAAGAAGGAAGAGUCAACAUCAAAUUGCUGAUUUAAGACCCCUCAAGAAGAGUAGUUCAUGUUCUACAAUAUAUUUAGAUGAUAGCACAGUUUCUCAGCCAAAUUUGAAGAAUACUGUCAAGUGUGUAGGAUUUGCCAUUUAUUAUCAUAUAAAAAAUAGAGAUUCAGAUCGAACAAUAGAUAUAUUUGAUGAAAAACUGCAUCCAUUGACUAGAGAUGGGGUUAGUGAUGAUUAUGAUAAGCAUAAUCCUGAACAUCGUCAAAUAUAUAAGUUUGUUCGAGUUCUGUUUAAUGCAGCGCAGCUUACUGCCGAAUGUGCCAUUAUUACAUUGGUUUAUUUAGAGAGACUGUUAACUUAUGCUGAACUUGAUAUACAACCUUCUAAUUGGAAAAGAAUUGUAUUAGGUGCAAUUCUAUUAGCUUCUAAAGUAUGGGAUGAUCAAGCAGUAUGGAAUGUAGAUUAUUGCCAGAUCUUAAAAGAAAUAACAGUAGAAGAUAUGAAUGAAUUAGAACGUCAAUUUUUAGAGCUUUUACAGUUUAAUAUUAAUGUAUCAUCUUGUGUCUAUGCCAAAUACUAUUUUGACCUUCGUACAUUGGCUGAGGCAAAUGACUUAACAUUUCCAAGUGAACCUUUAAGCAAGGACCGUGCUCAAAAAUUAGAGGCAAUGUCUAGAGUAAUGGAGGAUAAGUAUACAGCAGAAGCUUUAAAAAAUGGUUUGAAGAAAUGGUCUAGUUUGGAUAAUAUUUCUAAUGGAGGUAUACCAUCAAGAAGAAGUGUUGCUAUUCUCUCAUGAUCUAGCAACAUCAGUAAAUUAAGUUCUGCUAAUUGGCAAUAUAACUUUGGUUUUAUUAUAUUUGUAGGUUAAGUAUUAAUUCGGUGGACCUAAAAAAUUUAUAUAAUUUUUAAUAAAAGAAUGAAACAGGAAAGAAAGAAGUAUUUUGUUACUUACGAAAGUCAAUAAUUUUUAUAAAUGUUUUUCAAAAUGUGUACAUUUCCCUUUAUAUAUAAUCGAUUUCCCUUCUACCACUUUACAGUGUCGGUAACUAUCUUUUUUUGCAUAGAAUAUUGCAAAAUUUCAAUUCAUUACUAUUAUGAAUCAAAAUUAUCUUAUAUUUUCCUUAAAUUCUUGUAAAUAAUAAAAUUAAUAAUUUUUUUCAAUACUAGAUAUCAAUAUGAAAUUGCUUGGAUUAACAAUCUGAGAUCAUAUGUAAUAUGUUUUAAGUUUCUAGGAGUAAUUUCUAACCUCUUAAAUAUUUCUACAAAAAAUUCUAUUCCUUCCAUUCAAUAUUGCAAUAUUCUAUUUUUUUUUCAUUAGGAAUGUAAUUAAUACUAGUCAUAAUUUUUUUUUCAAAGAUAUGAAAGAGGUGAUUUAUCAUCAUUACUACUCAUUUCUUAAAAUAUCUUUUUUUCCUACUGCUAUGUUCUAUUUAUAUAAUGAAUGAAUCAGAUAUUAUUGGAAAUAUUUUAUUACAUCUACAUAUGAUUAUAUCUAAUCUAUAUGAUUGCAUAUUCUUAGCACAUAUUUGAAGUUCAUUUCGAAUUUUUUUUUUUCUGUAACUUAUAUGUAGUAUGAACUUUGGAAAACUCCAUAGAUUUGAGUUUUUUCAUAUUGUUUCAAAUUUCCCAUUUCCUUAAAAUUACCGAUAUAAUUAAUUCCAUUUAGUAGUUAUUGGCUGGGUUCAGCGGACACAACAGUUGUAAGAAUUUUCUCUGAACGAAUCUGAUCACUGAGUGCAUAUUCAACAUGUUUGGUGAGCGGACGCCAUUUUUCUGAGCGACUUUGAAUUACGCUCACUAAGCUCAACACGUUGUGAGAACUAAGGACAUGCCCUUAGGAGAAGUGCUAACCGUAGACACGUGUUUCAGGCUUUCGGCCCUCAUCAGUACGGUGAAAAAGUGUUGGAUGAGCAACACUUGAAAGAAAACAACAAACAAACGGAGUCCACAACAGAAGCCAGCCGUCCAUUUGUGGUUUCCGCAGGAAGACCCAAUGUUUUUGGGCAACAACCAACAUCACCACGUGGGAUAUAGGUACCUCCGUGAAAACCCUACUCCUGGUAAUAAUAUGGUAAUAUUAUUACCAGGACUAGAUAAUAUGGUUUUAUUAUUACCAGGAUUAGGGUUUUCACGCAGGUAGCUAUAGCUUCCCACGUGGUGAUGUUGGUUGUUGCCCAAAAACAUUGGGUCUUCCUGCGGAAACCACAAAUGGACGGCUGACUUCUGUUGUGGACUUCGUUUGUUGUUUUCUUUCAAGUGUUGCUCAUCCAACACUUUUUCACCAUACUGAUAAGGGCCGAAAGCCCAAAACACGUGUCUGCGGUUAGCACUUCUUCUGAGGGCAUAUCCUUAUUCUUUUUCCUUGCUUUAUAACAAUACCCUCGAUUACCUUUCCACAUGUCAUGAGAACUGUCAAAACAGAGGUUUUAGAGGUUAGGUAAUUUCUAACCGUUCAAAAAACCGCUUUCUUUUCAUUUUAGGAUCUUUGAGCGCUCAGUGAUCAGAUUUGCAAUUGUAUGAUGAAAAAUUGUACUGUGGUACCUACUUUAUUUUUUAUAUUUUUGCUGGUAUCAUAAGGCAAUCAUAAACUGACAAGCAUAAGAUUUGAUAGAUUAAUAGAACAAUAUUUCAAUUUGCAUUGACAACAGUUUUUUACAAAUAUUAUUUUUUAGAUUUUUCAUUAUUUAUCAUGUAUUUGCUUGAAUAUGAUUAGAUUUGCUUUAGAAAUGUUCAUUUAUAUAUAUAGUGAAAAGUCAUAGUUGUAUAUAUUUUAAUCAAUUUUUAAGAUUUUUCAUGAGUGAUAUAACAUUCCAAAAAUAUGAUUUUUGAGCUUUUGCAAUAAAAUUGAAAAUUA